AUGACAGUAAACCGCUUCAAACAUCUUCUCCGUGUUCUGCGGUUCGACGACCGUGAGACGCGUGAAGAAAGAAAAAAAGUCGACAAGUUCGCCGCAAUCAGAGAACUGUUCGAGGAGUUCAACAAGCUCCUCCGGGUGUACUUUUCACCAUCGGAGUGUGUUACUGUUGAUGAAACCCUCCGGAGCUUCCGAGGUCGCUGUGGAUUUAUUUGCUACAUGCCGAACAAACCAUGUAAAUAUGGCAUCUUGAUUCGUGACGUGGCAGAUGCAAACAGCCGCUAUAUGCUCGGCAUGCUGCCCUACACUGGGAAGGCGGACCAGCCUGACCCGACGUUUCACAUCACUGGAGCUGCCAACAUCGUGAAACAUCUGGUGGAGCCCUAUGCAAACAGUGGGCGCAACGUGACAGUUGACCGGCUGUAUACAUCAGUGGAACUGGCGGAAGAACUGCUCCAGAAAAAUCUGACAUAUGUCGGGACCAUCAUGACGAACAGGUGUCAUCUUCCAGAGGAAGCCAAAUCAGUCGUCGGCAGACAGGAACACUCCAGCCAAUUUUACUGGUCUGAUGGCGUCAUGGUGAUGUCGUACGCGAAGAACAAGAAGAAAAACGUCCUGCUGCUGUCAACGCAGCACUGCGAGCCACUGAUCACAGCAGACCAGAAGAAGAAACCUGAAGUCAUGAUCUAUUACAAUCAGACGAAAGGCGGGAUCGACAGUAUCGAUCAAAUGUUGGAGACCUACACCUGCCGAAUGUCAACCCGCAGGUGGCCCGUGGUGGUGUUCCUGCUCAUGCUGGACGUCGCCGCGCUGAACGGAUGGGUGAUCCUGAGCCAGGGACCAAGCGCUAAGUUCGGCGACCAGAAGCACGGAGGGAGAAGGGCCUUCCUACGUGAACUGGGACUGAGCCUCAUCAAGCCACAUAUGCAACUCCGGCCGCCGGAAGGCAUGGUUGCAGCAACGAAGAUGGCGGUGGAGACAGUGCUGAAGACCAAGCUGAGACAACCGGACGUCACUCCACGAGAGGUGCCAGACACCGUGCGGGCUCGGUGUCAUGUGUGCGUGGCGGAGCAGCACGGUGCUGGCUACAAAAAAGCCAGGCACAGGAGUGUAAACAAAGUGAAGCAGCGCUGCUCUCGCUGCAAGAGGGCGGUGUGCCAGAAGCACGGGAAGAGUGCCGGCAUCAUGUGUGUGCCGUGCAGCGCCGCCCCUGCUGGCACGGGGCUGGAGUAG